AUGUCACGAAGCAAAAAUAGUGACAGUGAGAAGUGCUACUGUACUGGUUUAAUUAGAAAACCGGUAAUAGACACCCCAGGAUGUUCUGAAGAUUUUGCAGCCGUAUCUGCUUUGCCGGAUCAAUGGACUCCAAAACGUUGUACUCCGUUACUAAUAAACUAUUUGAGAGAACAGGAGCAGAAACAUGAAAUGGUUGAAAAAGACUUAGCAGAACAAGCCUUGGCUGUGAACAGAGAUAUUGAUGAUAAAGUCCGACUUCUUGCUGAAAAAUUAUUAUGCGAAAUAAAAGAAAAUGAUAAUGAUAUACAAUGUGUGAUAACGAAAUUCAAACAAAUCGGGAAGACGUUGUCUUUGGAGGAACGUAAUGAAGCACAUAAACAGGUGACAAAAUUGUUCAACCAAAGAAUUCAAGAUCUAGUAUUAUUCAAACAGGAAGGAAUCAGCUUAGAAAGAGAGCGAUCUGAUGGUCUGAGAGAUAUUUUACAGAAUAACUUCCAUCGCCUCAUAGCAGUGGGACACAAAACGCCAAAAGACUUGCUGCACGAAUUCGAUGAAAAGAUUUAUGAAAUUAAUCAGCAACUGCUUAGCAAUAACAGAGCUUACAUCGAACUAGAAGCACAGCUAAGAUCUCAAUUGGAUGAUACAAUAAUGAAUGCCCGGUCUUCUUUAAAUCAGUUAUGCAUCAACAAUCCUAAAACUAUUCGCACACACAGUGCAUUGCCAUGGGCUCGAAAUGUUGAUCGUAUUGUAACUAGCUUGAAAGGUGAUGAAAAAGUAUUGAGCAAUAGCGAUAUAACAACAGGUAUUCUAACUGAUUUGGAAGAAUUUAAGAAGUGUAUUUCUCGCAUUGUUGACGUGUAUCGUGCUGCGACCCUGAAAGUAUUUAGUAGAUUCAUAGGUCAAUUAGAUGAACUUCAUAAAAAUAUUGGCGUUGAUGCGACUUCAAUUCAAAAAUUUGAUUCGAUUGAUGAUUUAAAAACUAUUAUAGAUAAAGCUCUCAAUUGUGUCUCGGAUAGCAGUUUACAAUAUAAAAAUUUAAGUUAUCAAGACCUACAAGAUAUGACUAGGGACGAUGUAACGAAUAUGCAGAAAAGCCUUGUUUCGCUUGGUGAACGAUUAAAAGAUACUUAUAGUAUUUUGUAUAAUACUGCCCAUAUGUGGGAUGCUCAUAUAAUGCGUUCUGCUCUUAUACAGAAGCUGACACUUGCGUCUGUUGAGGAUGCACAGAUGGUCAAUGAUUCAGUGGAACUCAUUAAUGAGGUUAAUUUCAAUGUUGUUUUAGAACAACUGCGUUGUGCAUCAGAUGCGGAGAAACUGCAACAACAUUAUGACGUAGCUACGAACUUACUUGAACGUGUCACAGAUCUCUAUCAGCAACAUGGUGAAAUUGAAAUAAACAAACUAGAAGAUUUUAUGAAUUCUCUUCCACUCUUGAAUAAUAUUCUGCUUUCAGAAUGCGAUUGCCUUUUGGAAAAAUAUCCUAAAAUAGGUAUGCUUUCAACUACAAGUUUGAUUAGCGGUAGUUCGAUAAAUUCACAUCAAACGUUUUCACUCAGGGCUCCUCUGCCCCGAGCUGUUUUUCAAACUCAACUUCAAGACACAGCCCUUAAUAAUUGGAGAAAUGGAUUCUUGGAAUCCUUUCAAAACAAUUUGUCUGCUAUACCAGAAGAACUAUCACGUCAUGCAAGGAAAUGGGUUGACUAUAAAUGUUUACAGUUAAAUAUGCGUAAUUCUAUGAAGUUAGUGUCCCAUAGCAUACGAGCAGAACGCUUAAAAGCAUGCCGUGAAGCUCGUUUAGCUGAAAUUAAACUUCACGAUGCACGCCUCAAUUCUCACUUAGAAGCCUUGCAUACUUUAAUUGAUCGUCUACCGCAAGAGGCAUCGGAAUUUUCAGGCCUCGAUGAUCCUAAUUUAUAUCCGCUAGCGUCGUUCGUAAAAUCAAUGGAAACGGAUAUUAACGAAUUCCUUUCUCAAGAAUCCAUUGAUCCAGAAGUGAAGAGAUUGAAAUUGAGCAGUUGUGUUCCAAGGUUGAAAAAAUACAAAGAGCAUUUUGAUAAAUCUUUAGAUGAACUUAUUAUUAAAUAUAAAAAAGAUGUCGAGAACACUAUCCAAUUGGUUAGAAUAUCAAAUUUUCGGUUUAUGAAACAGCUUAAACUGUUUUUUGAAGGUGGCAGGUAUUCAGCUGCAGAGGCUCUCAAAUCCUGUGGAACUUUAGUUAGGGCUGCAGAUGCCCUAGAGUUAUGUGCUCACCGCAUGACGGAUUUGGAGAAUGUCCAGAUGCUGGAUAAAUACAAUCUGAGGAAUCCUUCGAAAGGCACGCUGUACUUCGCAACAACUCACCUCAUAUUUGUUGAUCAUGAAAUGAGGAAGGAAACCUGGAUUCUUCUAAUGCACAUAUCAACAGUGGAACGUCUGCCGAUCACGACAACGGGUUCGCCGCUAUUAGUUCGCACUAAAACCUUCCAAUCUGUGUUCUUUGUUAUACCAAGGGAACGAGAUUGUCAUGAAAUGCAUCAGACCCUGCUCAGGUUGAGCCAACCGGUUAACCUGGAAGAGUUAUACUGCUUUCAUUACAAGUCUACUCCGGAUGAUCUUCCGAAGUCAGCUGGUUGGAAUUUUUUCGACAUACAGACAGAAUUCCAGAGAAUGAAUGUCCCCAAUGAACAGUGGACCCUCUGUAACGCUAACAGAGAUUAUGAGCUUUGUGAUACUUACCCAAGCGAGGUUUACGUACCAGCUCGAGCCUCCAGUGCCGUAUUACUGGGUAGCGCCAGUUUUCGGUCUCGAGGCAGGCUACCAGUGUUGGCUUACUUGCAUCAUAACAAAGCAGCUAUCGCUAGGUGCAGUCAGCCAUUAAGCGGAUUUUCCGCUAGGUGCAUGGAAGACGAACAAAUGUUGGAUCUCAUACGUCGCGCGAAUCCUAACUGCGGGUACAUGUAUGUUGUGGACACACGACCGAGGAUUAAUGCUAUGGUCAAUCGCGCCGCAGGCAAGGGCUAUGAAAACGAAGCUUUCUAUGAGAAUAUCAAAUUUCAAUUCAUGGGCAUCGGAAACAUACACGUCAUGAGGAAGAGUCUUCAGAAACUGGUUGAAACGUGCGAACAAAACUCUCCCACAAUGUCGUCCUUCUUGAAUGGCUUGGAAUCAUCUGGUUGGCUGAAACAUAUCAAAUCUAUCUUGGAUACAUCGUGGUGGAUAGCCAGCGCUAUAUCAUCCGGAGUAAGCGUGUGUGUUCACUGUAGUGACGGCUGGGACAGAACUGCUCAGGUGUGCUCGCUGGCCGCUCUGUGUAUAGAACCACACUACAGGACCAUUAAUGGUUAUCAGGCGUUGAUCGAAAAGGACUGGCUAUCAUUCGGUCACAAGUUCACAGCUCGUUGUGGUCACGUGGCGUGUGACUCGCGGGAACGGUCGCCCGUGUUCACGCAGCUGCUGGACUGCACCUGGCAGCUGCUGCGGCAGGCUCCAGAGGCGUUCCAGUUCAACGAGAGGUUCCUACUAACACUACACGACCACGCUCACGCCUGCCAGUACGGGACGUUCAUUGGUAACUGUCAGAAGGAUAGACGAGAUCUGAGAUUAUCGGAGCGUACUUUCUCUCUAUGGGGAUACAUGGCGAGUCAUCUCAAUGAAUACAAAAACCCGCUGUACAAUCCCAAAGCAUAUCCCGACAUACUGAAACCUGAUUUGAGCGCGCAGAGCAUUAGGUUCUGGCGCGGUAUGUAUUGUCGCCAUGAGAGUGGCGUACAUCCCCGUGAGUCUUUGGCAGACCUGCUGCCGGCUUCCGUGCAUCACGCCACCGCUCUCACACAUCACAUAGAUUAUUUAGCUAAGCGGAUAUCAACGUUCAAAAAUCUAUUAUCCGGACGAAAAGAAAGAAAAGACGACAGCGUGGUGAACUAUCAGAACGGUUCACGUGACACUGUGGAUAUAGAAACGAAAAUGGAGGCUGCGGAGAUUGAUAAUAAACUUCACUACGAGUCGGGCGGCAACCUAUCAGAAUUAGAGUGCGCUAACCACGACCAUCCGCUGAAGGAGGGAGCUCCCAAGAAAAUACCGCUCAUUACAGAGAAGGCAGACGCGAUGAUACCUGCGACCUUGAGUUUGCUCGAAGCUGAGGUGAACACAGUGGCACUUGAUUGGAAGACUAUCAAGAAUGUGACUGAAUGUGGCUGUUCUACACCCUUGGAUCAUUUCAGUAGGAAGCAUCACUGCUGGGGUUGUGGUCGUGUGGUAUGCACGCGGUGUGUGGCCGCUCGGGCAGCCCUGCCAGCACUCCACGCCGCUAGGGCGGCGCCACUGUGCGCGGCGUGCGCACCCUCAACACCGUCCACCCCUGUCACUCCACCCGAUUUGUUGACGUCUACAACCUAA